AUGGGUAUUGUUUUUCAGGUUAUCUAUGUUGGAUUAUCAUUUAUCAACAAUGCAAAGGGUCUAGCUGUAAAUCGCCAUACUGGAUUUUCAGUAUUUGUGUUCAAUGAAACAACAUACAUACCACCAUCUUCUAUGGGAGAAAUGGUUUUUGUUCAUGAUCCGUCUUCCUGUCCCAAACAGGUGAUGAAUGAGACCGUCAAUAGAGUGACUCGAGGAAUAGUUUUAUUUAAUUCAAAGAAUCCUCCACUAGAGACUAGCUGUGUGGGAUAUGCACCGCUAUUUGCUACCAUUGAGAUUUGUGAAGUUAUGGUUUUUGGAUGUAAAUCUCAACACUAUGGAGAAAACUGUUCAUUAUGCCCAGUAAAUUGUAAGAAUAAUGAGUGUGAUGCUUUUGAUGGAUCCUGCAAAUAUGGCUGUAGAGAACAAUUUAUACAUGAAUAUGCUGAAGUACUUUAUAUUGCAGUCUGUGUAGAUGGUUAUUAUGGCUAUAACUGUGAACUCAUGUUUGGUAACUGUAAAACUGGGACAAUCUGUAACAACACCACAGGUAUCUGUCCCGAGGGCUGUCUAUAUCGCUGGGGAGGAUUACAUUGUGACGUGUGUGACAGUGGUUUUUAUGGUAUCAAUUGCACAGAGAGAUGUGGUCAUUGUAAAACAGGGACGGACUGUCACAUUAUAACAGGGAUAUGUCAGGAAGGAUGCGAUGAUCAUUGGAGUGGUUCACAAUGUAAUGAUUGCAAGGAUGGGUAUUACGGACCUGAUUGUGAACAUGUGUGUGGCAAGUGUUCACUUCUAGCCUCAUGCAAUAAAGUUACGGGGAUUUGUCCGACCGGAUGUCAAAAACAAUGGAAUGGAUCAAAAUGUAACGGGAAGUCCUAUUGGAACAACGUUAUUUUUGCGCUGAUGGCUUUUAUGAGUUUAAUUGUGAGAGUACUUGUGGAGAAUGUUUGUCUGGGACGAUUUGUGAUCGGUCAACGGGCGUCUGUCCUGAAGGAUGUAAAGGGAAUUGGACAGGUCCUAAAUGGAAUUAUUAUAGAACGAGAAUCGUCGAACACUGGCCAAGGUGUGAAAAAUAUAUAA